AGUCUGCGCACAAUCGGGUCCGUAAUUUACGACUCGCACACAGACGCGCGAACUUCUCUCGUCCGAAGGAAUCGCGUUUAUCGCGAUCCACGACGCGCGUCAUCGCGAUCCGCGAAAGCUCCCUCCGAUAUCAUCUCGUUCAGAUAUCGCUCGAGAUCGAACUCGAAAUAAUCGCGCGACAAAGAGGAGCCAGAGAGAGAGAGAGAGAGAGAGAGAGAGAGAGAGAAAGAAAGAGAGAGAAGACAGUUGGUGACAGUGGGCGGAGUUGUACGCCGUGAAGUUUGCGUCGCUCGUCUCGGGGGGCAGGAGUCGCGUCCACGGGAGACGAGCAGGAUCGUCGUCCACGAAGCGAGGCAACGCGGAGAGGUUAGGUUAUGAGAUCGCGGUGACGAGCGCCGAGGUCACGCCGUCGUAAAUAAGGAGGUGGAUGCGCACGCGGACAACGGAUCGGCGCGCGACGAAGAGGGAGAGACGCGGCGGCCGAUGCAUGGGACGCUCUGAUUGGCCGCGGCGGCUACUAUGGCCGCCGAUUGGCGCACGCACGCACAGCAUCGCCAAGGUACACGUACGCUCACGUAUACCCGCGAGCGAGUCGCGUAGCAGUCGCUCGAGCGACCGAGAACAGUGAGAAGAGCGACGGAAACGGUCGGUUCGCGCGCGUCGUCGUCCUCGUCGCCGUCACCGUCACCGUGUCGUAGCUGCCUCGUCAAGCGGACAACUUCGCGCGGGACGUUCGUGGCGCGGAUGACUCGGGAAACGACGCCGAUCUUCCUUGGCCGUAACGAGUAGUCACACGCAUCGACGAGGAAGAAAGAUAAGAAGAGAAAGAGAGGGAUAUUGUAUAUAUAUAUAUAUAUAUAUACAUACAUAGUGGUGACGAGGGAAGGAGUGCGGGCCCGGGCGCGACGCCGACCGUCUCGACACAACCGCGUAUACGUAAAACUCGACAAUCCGUCAAAGUUUAAACCGCCGGCGAAGGCACCAUUUUUUCCCUAUUGUGUAUACCAGAUUUUAGAAACUGAAGUAAUUAGGAGUGUGCGAGUGCGGAACGGACGAGGAUAGAAGAUCGGAGGUUUGGAGGUGAGCGUGCGGCGCAAGAGCGAGGGAGAGAGAGAGAGACAGAGAGAGAGAGUGAGAGAAAGGAACAAAACGGAGCGUGCGGAGUCAAAACUGCCGAACGAUACGCGCAGAAGGACAAAGACCACGGCGUCGGCCUAACCUCCAACACGUUCGCGUUUCGGGGAUCGCUGCGGGAAGCAGCAGCGCAUGAAGUCACGAGGUACUCGUAACGACGGAGAUAAAGUACGAGAGAGAGAAAGAAGAUAGUAUAUUUUUCCAAGUGUGCGAGUCCGAGGCGAGGAUUCUCGAGGAAGGAGAGAGAGCACGUGCGUCAUCGCACCCGGCAUCGUUCGACGACGCGCCGAUUUCUGUGCAAGUUUCUUACCCGACGCGUAUUUUUCUGCGACACCUGGUAUACGAGCGUAACGCGUAGGUGUGUGCGUGCGUGCGUGCGUGCGUAGUGCGCUCCGUCGGUCGCUUUCGACGGAGCAAAUAUAAGUAAACACACGUUCAGAUACAACACAAAUACACACACACACAUUUAUAUACGGACGUGCGACACGCGAACAACGCGGUGGUCGACCGAACCACCAGCGAGGUCCAAGACAGCAGAGUCCGGUUGAUGGAUGAGACUGGCAAUAUGCUACAACACGGAGGUUCAGGUGUGGGACUGAUGGGUGGAAACCAGGGCCAGGCGGCCCAGAACACGGCCGGUUACGGAAGCAUGGGCCCGGUCGACGGCACCGCGACCCAAGGUCCUGACCAGGCGGUCGAGGCGAGGAAGCAGGACAUCGGCGAAAUCCUCCAGCAGAUUAUGAACAUCACGGAUCAGAGCCUGGACGAGGCGCAAGCGAGGAAACACACCCUCAACUGUCACAGGAUGAAGCCCGCUCUGUUUUCUGUCCUCUGCGAGAUCAAGGAGAAGACAGUUUUAUCACUGAGAAAUACGCAAGAAGAGGAGCCACCAGAUCCGCAGUUGAUGCGGUUGGACAACAUGUUGAUCGCCGAGGGGGUCGCUGGACCAGAAAAGGGCGGCGGUGCGGGGGCUGCUGCCUCGGCAUCCGCGGCAGCGGCUGCUGGACCACCUGGUCAACCGGACAACGCCAUCGAACAUUCGGAUUACAGAGCCAAACUCGCCCAGAUUAGGCAAAUUUAUCACCAGGAAUUAGAAAAAUACGAACAGGCUUGUAACGAAUUCACCACCCACGUAAUGAACUUGUUGAGGGAGCAGAGUCGCACCAGGCCAAUCACGCCGAAGGAAAUCGAAAGGAUGGUUCAAAUUAUUCACAAGAAAUUCUCCAGUAUUCAGAUGCAGCUCAAACAAUCCACCUGCGAAGCCGUAAUGAUUUUGAGGAGUCGAUUUUUGGACGCCAGACGUAAGAGAAGAAAUUUCAGUAAACAGGCGUCUGAAAUUCUAAACGAAUACUUCUACUCCCAUCUCAGUAAUCCCUACCCAAGCGAAGAGGCUAAAGAGGAGCUUGCACGAAAAUGUGGAAUUACUGUGAGCCAGGUGUCCAAUUGGUUCGGAAAUAAGAGGAUACGCUAUAAGAAAAACAUCGGCAAAGCACAGGAGGAGGCAAAUCUGUACGCAGCCAAGAAGGCAGCUGACUUGGAACCAAGGUGGAAGAAGUCUCAUCACUGUAAAUCAUUAGCAGCUUUUGCAGGAGCAUCGCCGUACAGCAUGGGCGGUGCCAGCCAGGGCACCCCGACGCCGAUGAUGUCGCCGGCGCCGCCCGGAGGACCGCAGGACAUGGCCGGAUACAGCAUGGGAAUAAACGGCAGCGAUUACGGCUCGCAGCCGUACAACGACGGCUCAAUGGGAUACGACCCGAUGCAUCAGAUGAAACGAAAUUCUUAGAAGGCGACAGAGAGUGAGAGAGAGACACCGGAUCAGACAGCCAUGCAAAAGACGAUGCGCAGUCGAAGCUAAGAGGGAGAGGGAGGAAAGUGUGAAUCGCGCGAGAGACAGAAAGAUAGAGAGAUGAACACGAAUGAGAGUGAGAGAGAAUGAGAUCACGCAACCGGGGAAAAUGAUGAGACGUGAAAUCGGAAUCUGAUGCCAUCUAUCACUGAUCUCGGCCUCUCGUGCUUUUUUAUUGUGUUUCCAGUGACGUGUCAGGCCGACCUAAAACUCUCGCAAAUGUAUCUAAUGAAACUCGCUGCAAACUCGAUACGAGACAAGAGAAAGAGAGAGAAAGAAAAUGAGAGAAACACUUAAAAAAUUAGGGGUAGAAAGAAAAUACGCGAGCGCGCGAGAAAAAGAGAGAGAAAGGCCAGCUGAGAUUUUUUUUAGAAAAGCUGACGAGAGCCGAUCAAGAGGACAUCGUCCUUUGUUGCAACAGGCGCAUUUCUCUUUCCCUAGAAUUGUUCUUAAAGCGAGAAAGGGAGACAUUCGAAGAAUGGUCGUGGCGUUCGCGCGAGACUCUAGGAACGAGAAGAAAUGCUUGGAGAAAACGUUGUUAGAAAUUCUUCGAUUCGCGAGGUGCUCGAGCUCGGUUCUCAUCUAAUUCAUCGAUAGUGCAAUAUAUACGUACUCAGGUGGACGCGCGUGUCCCGGGGACGUGUUUCGAAAUUUUUACCUCGAGCCGGGUUUUAUGAAAAAAAGUCGCGCAGAGAAAGAAGAUUUCCGCUCGUAGACCACGAGGAAUAGAAUUUAUUUUGGAACUCAAGUUACAUGUGGGGGAAAAAACGACCGCGUUAAAGAAACGACGCGAACGUUAAAAAUAUAUACGUAUAUAAAUCGACGAGUCCCCAAGCGCGAUAGAAAAUGUAGUAAUCCGACGUUGAUCAAAUUUGCCAGUCUAAUGUGAUGAUUAAAUGUUGGUAGAAUUUUAGCAAUUUCAGAGGAAAAAAUCAAAUUUCCGCGUUUUCGAAAAAUAUCUGUAAAAAUUUAAUUCGAUGCGCGUCCGAGAAUGAUCUUGUUAAUUUGACACGUAUUAAUCCACAUCCUGAAGAGUAAUGCAUCGACAUUAGAAGAAUUGGGAGAAUGCAACGGCAAUAGAGAAGAUGCGAUCACAGACGCAACGUUACGAAUACGCGUGUUUGCGCGCGAAUCGAGCUUUUGGACUCGGAAAUCCUUCGAAUAUUAAGUUAGAUCGAUGAUAUGUAUCGGCAAAAGCGGAGGACUUUUCGCCCGAUGAUAUGGUUAUUAUUCCCUCCAGAAAGACGUCCCCGCCUUCGAGCUCUUCCCUUAGGAUUAGAUCUCGCUAAGUGUGCAAUAAGAUUUUGAUAUUGGGACUUUGUUUUAAGUUUUAGAAAUAUAUUAGAUAGGCCGUUUUUCUUACGUAGAUAGUAAAGAUUGGUGACAGCAAGCGAUAAGUUAAUUCGAUUAUUAAUUGUUCACACAUACACACACGCUCGAAAAGCGCGAACCGAUGUUAACACUGCGAUUCUUCCAGUCGCGGAAUUCAAAGUGAGGCCUUGAAAUUAUUCGAGAUUACCUUCGGUAUCCGACAGACAACAAUGGAAGGUCACUCCGAUCGAUUUAUACGAAUCUCCCAUUUGCACACGAAUAUUUGACAACGCUACCCCUGUGCAUUCGCGCGCGGUUUCGUGUCGCUCUUUACACGGCUUUCGAAUACUUAAUCAUUAGAGACUUACUUAAAGGCAGCUCUUCCUACACUACAAUUCGUACAUACACACACAAUUUACACGUAUGAUAAGUAUAUAGGUUGAUAGAAGGAAGAGACAAGGCAUCGUUGAAGUAUAUCCUGUAGUUGGAGAGAGAUACUAGGGCAGAGAUAACAUUUCGUGACAUGCAUGGCUGCAUGUAGAAUUUCAAGACAUGAGAGCCUUUGAAAAAUUUCCAUAAUCUGGUUUUUUUUUUCAUCACUUUCAUAAGAUGCAGAUUGUACGUAGGAAGACGAUUGUAAUUUAUGGAGAGUAAAGUGAUUUUGAAAGAUAUUCGAAUUACAAUAAUGUCAUUUUCAGAGGCCCACGUGUCUACUGGUCUUACAAGGUAGUAUGUGUGUGCGUUUCUUUAUUUGUCUUGAUUUGAAAGAUGAUUUGAAUAAUUGGAGAUGAGUACGCGAUGAAUCGAAAGGCGGAGAGAAAGAGAAUGGCAGAGAGGGAGUGAAUGGUCAAAAUUUCAUUGUAGCUCGUUUUGCAGAGUUCAGAACUUCGCGUAGACACAGUAGUAGAAUAGACGCCGGUUCGUUGCAUUGGCAAAUUCGAAAGGAUUUCCCGAUUUGAUGUUCGCUUUUGCGUUUACUGCGCGUGGAUGGUGAAAACAUGAUAAUCAAACGUCAAGUUUCGCGUUCAACGCGAAAACCGAGAGUAGCGUUCGAAUCCUUUUGUUUCCCGAUAUGGUAACGAGAGAUGAUGCCAGGACAUGUAUCAAGAACGCGCAUAUAACGCAAAGAGUAAUUAACAAAAUUCGCACAUUUUGCUUUCAGAGAGAACUUAUGCCAUAAAGUAAAAACUCAAGUUGGAACUUCUCAAGUGCACUUGAUCUAAUGAAGCACAUUCCGAAUUUCUAUCUCUCGUUGCCGCCGUAUAGCCAAUACAACAUGCCGAGCUUCGAGAAAGUUUGGCCGUGUACCCGCGACACGGGGGGGGCAGGCCUGACAUUCUCUCCGAAGCGAAGCGUGCAAAGCAAGAGUUUUUUUUUUUAUCGGGUCGAGACGAGGCUUAGCGACCAAUGACACGCUAUUUUGUCGCCAUCCUGCAGGGGAUAAAGACAGAGGGCUAAAAAUUGCAAAACAAAAAACAAACAAUCGAAAAAACAUGACGCAGGGCAAGGCAUUGGCUGGGGGGCCAGGCGCGGCGGGAUGGAUGCAACAACGCGAGGCGGUGCCCGAAUUUCCGCCCCUCCACGAUUCAGCGGACUCUGAUUCCGACCGGGAAAACGAAAAGCGACCGCGCGUCUAAGACCUGUACCCGUUUUUUUUUUCUUCUUCUUUCUCCUUCCAUCUUUUCUACGUCGAGGCAGACACGCGCACGCAAUAUUAGGCGAGAGAGAUUGUGCGAACGAUGCGUGUAGAGAGGAGCGAGCGAGAAAUACAUCUCUCUGCAAGUAUACAGACAUACAUGCACACAUACAUACAGUCCCCCUCAUCGAUACGACAAAAACAUGUACGCAUAUACGAUACAAAUCGUCCGCUAAUGUGUUCCUAAUGCGAGUAGCGUUCGUUUUCGAUUCUUCUCGUUUGGUUGUAUCAUUGGAAAAAGGAUACGUGCAGGAGGAUGCGUGCUCAACAAUAGUCUAUCGCAGAUAAGAAACAAGUUUUGAUCAUUUAAAAUGACUAGCUAUUGACGCAUAAUUACGUAAACAACCUCGAUACUUACAAUAUCGAGGGAAGAAUCAUCGCAAGAUUAUUAAGUCGCAUCCCCUUCACGUAUCCUCGAUAUUCGGUCUUGCCUUACCGAGCAAUUUUAUUAAGAAUCUGCGGAUGAGCAUAAUAGCAAAGACGAAAGCGAGCGACGAAAGCGUAGGUCGAUGUGCUCUUCUUACGACUAAAGUUCGUUUCUCAACAAAUUAUAGAGAUCGACGCAUCUUAGGGAAAGAGCGUACACGAAUCAGAUAUAGUUUACAAGCUAACAGAGACACAGUGUUUCUAGACCACGUGAACUGAAAGCCGCCCAAAAUGUAAUGUCCAAACUGUUUUUAAAUGAGAGAGAGAGAGAGAGAGAUUUGAUUUCUUAUAAAUUUGUAAAAUUUUAUCGAGGGAUCAUAAUUGAUGCCAAGAACAGGUUUUGUUAAUCUAGAAGAUGUAUUAUAUAUAUAUUUUUUAAAAUAUUAAAUUCGAAAAUAAAUUUGAAAUGAGCUUUUGAAGCAUUAAUUUUAGAAACACUGUGACAAGCACGAAAGUCAUAUCUGCAAAACUCCUUAGCCAUGUUUCGAAAUCACACAUACACACACACACACACACAUGAUUCUUCUCUCCGUGCGACUUUACAUCUUAAUGCCUUGUUACUCGUUUUCUCGACAUGUUAAUCCUUUUUAUGUAAUGCUAGCGAAUGUCUCUUAUGUUCAUUUACGAUUUAAGCCCCGGAUCCUUAUAUUUUAAGUUCAGCUUCAACAUCCCGUGCAAUGAUGAUUUAGCACAUUGCGUUCACACCAAGAGGUUCAAACGUACUAAGGGAAAUGAAAAUUAAUUGCGUUUGUGAAUAGAUCAGUAACAAUUUGUUGACGGAAAAUUAAGUUAAGAGAUCCCAUUCUUAAUAUAGUUAGUUAAUUUUAUAUUUGUACAUGUAUAUAUUAUACAGCUUAUAUAUACUUGAGAGAGAAUAGUAUAUAUAAGUACAUUAUAUUCUUUAACGUGUAUUUCUCUGCGAUAGCGCUACUGUUGAAAAAUUCGUCUCGACGUUUCGUCUCCGGAGUUUUGAACCUAUUGGAGCAAUUUUUAAACCGCUCGUAUUCUCGAUUCCAGCAAUGCGAAACGCUGUCCGCGAUUGCGUUAGAAAAUUGAUGUGCAUGACCGUAUUUGCGAGCGAGCUCGAAAAUACGAGCCGCUUUUCGUCUCUCCUUCUCGCUCUCCCUCCCAUUUUUUUUUUUCUAAUUAUGCUACCGAGCACGAAAUCUCAACAAGAUUUGUUUUUAUCCGCCACGUACUUCUCCGUCUUUGUUAAUUUCAUUACUCGACAUACAUCAUACAUAAUUCACACCUACAUACAUACAUAUAAACAUGCAUACACGGAGCAUCGAAUUCGAAAUUGGCAGCGAUUCGAAAAGAUAGCCCAGGCGAUUCUGACGUCGACGAGCAAUCCUCGAGCGCGGCCGAUCGAUCGGAUUCGAUCCACAAAACACACGAUUGCGCCUGUCUACCCUUAGUUGGUCGUACGUACGUAGGUACAUAUGUAUUGUGUAUACGUAUACAUGUGUAUAAAAAAUAUAUAUAUAUAUUCUAUAUACUUUUCGCACGUCACUCUGUGUGACGGGAAGGAAGAGAUUUGUUGUUAUUAACGAAUCGAUUAAAGGAUUGCGUUUCAAAGAAAAAAAAAAGAAAAGAAAAAAGAUAUCCCUCGAUCGGACGUGCGCGCGCGAAUACGGUCGCUCAAAAGUAUCUCUAAGUCGUAGCAUUUUCUCUGAAUAAACGAAACAAUUUGUUUAUAUAAUUCGUUACAUAUAUGUGACAUUAUUUUCGCGAGAAUCGGAUCGGGAUGUUGUUACGAUUUUCGACGACGAUUCCUCUUGCAAAUCUUCUCGGAACGAUCUUUUUCAUGCUACUGUGAGUUUGCGCGCGUACACGGCCGGAUGCUGUUUGCUUUCAGGAGCUGUCGCCUUGAAAUCCUUAGGAGAAACGCAGGAAGAACGCAUACUGACAAACUUAAAAACAGAAAGAGAGAGAGAGAGAGAGAAAGAGAGUGAGUGAGUGAGAAAAGAGAGAGAAAGAGCAUAAAAAAAAAAAAAAGAAUAGAGACCGCAUUGUUAACGCGAUAAUGCUCGCGCAAUCCGAUCACCUCACUAUCUGUGAUCCGAGGCCCGCCUUUGAACGGCGGGUAAUACGAACUAAAAAUCGAUAUUAAGCUAUUAAGGUUACAUAACGCGCUCGUGUCUGGAGGUACUCGUGUUCUCGCCCCUCGUGAUCCCGCCAGGAUUUAUCCAGCCGAUGCUAUUCAGAUACCGCUCUUUGCCCGCGUGUCUAUCUUUACGAGGGGCUCUUUGAAUAAAAAACGGGAUAUCGAGCGCAUAAAAAUUCGAAACUCCACACAUUCGUGUACAACGCGCAUUCUUCUUGUUGGUGUUAAUUUUUCGUUGGUUUUAAUUACAUCAAUAACGAGUAUAAAAUCUGAGAACGCGAACCGCGAAGAGCGAAUCCUCCUCUCCAUCUCAGAGUCUAAGGAAUAUAGUCGUAUGUUGCAAAUCUUGCCAGUAGCACUGAAUUUUCGUACUUAUCGAUUUUUUACGAUGUAAGAAAUUGCGUUUUUUUUUUUUUAAUCGUAAACGCGAAAAAUGCCAUAAACUUACGGCCUGCGAGAGGAUCUUCUUCGUUCCACGGCGAUGUUCUCCGAUGCAAUUUUCUCCAAAUGUGCGAUCCGUUUUGACUUUUUGAAAAAUUCACCUACACGAAUGCUUCCAGCCAUCGACGACAAUGUUUUUUUCCCCCUUAUCCCUCUCUGCGAUCUAUCAGGAGCAAAAGAAAUAUAUAGCAGAAUGAUAUACAUAAGAGAUUGUUGUGAGAGAAAAAUAAGAUGUGAGAAUGAGCGAGAAAGAGAGAGAGAGAGAGAGAGAGAGAGAGAGACAGAAGCAAUGGUCCUGCGACACAACACUAAUGUAUACGAUUUUUCAACACGAAAAUAUUAUAUAUUGUAGCUAUAUAUAUAUAUACAUAUAUAUAUAUAGAAGUAUAUAUAAAAGAGGAUAGUAUAUAUAGGCAACCAUAAUGGCAUAAGUGCAUCAUUGUAAUGACGGUGGUAAUUAGUGUAUAACGAAAAUUUUUAUUAUUAUUAAUUAUUUUUAGUUUAUUCGUAAUUAUUAUUAUUGCCAUUAUUAUUAUUAUAUUAUUAUUAUCAUUGAUAUUAUCAUUAUUACUAUUAUUAGCGGUUCUCGCAUUGUGAUAAUCGCAUUGUAAUUGUAUCAUUAUGACGAUGACAAGUAUCGCUGCUCUUAUGGGUUAUUAAAGUUUAUCAUGUCGACUCGAGAGAGAGAAAGAAGAGACGUACUUUUCUUUUUUUUUCAAAUAUUCAUACCUUAUCGUUCAAAUAUCACGAUAAUUCUUUCGUUAUCAUUUAUCGAUUGUAAUAAUGAAUUGCAAAACGAAUCGUUUAUUACCUAGUAAGUAGGUAAAAACGAGAGAAAAAAGGAUAUCCCAUUCGCAUUGUAUAAACAAAGUCAAGACGAGAGUUACGAGUAUCCUCCGAACGAUUAGGUGGUUAAACUCUGUUGUUAAAUAAUAUGUCGCGAGCGAAUCGCUCGGCUAAAGAUCGACUGCCGAAUGUAAUUUUCUCCGCAAUUCAUCGUUUGUCUUUUGCAAUCUAUUUUCAUUUAAUUUUCACAAGUGUUAUAUUAAAUAUUUUUUAAUUAAUCACUAAACGAGAUGCAUUUUAUAAUUCUGCGAGUACGGUUAAUUUCCAUAACGCGAUUCUAAAGAGAAUGUAUUUAUCCGAAUAUCUAUUUCUAUUUACUUCCCAUUCUUCACGUACACGAGUACGAAGCGACAAUAUGAAACUGUUAAUCAUAAUUCGCGGAUCGUAAUCGGAUUAAUUCGCGUAAUUAUUGUCCGAUAACCGUCUAUUUAGCCGUAAGCAAAUGGAUUCUCGGAUAAUUGUUUAAAGUUACAUACUAUACGAUCUCUCGACGACGGCCACGCUAUCUUUAGCCGAAUCCUUCGCCGAUCAGUGCGACCAGUACAAGUGCGUUCCGGCACAGCUAGUAUACGAGAAAAGCGCGCCCGAGGUUCACUGUGAGUGCGCCUCCGGGUGUCCCUUAUAGGCUCUACCUAACAUUUAAUAAAUGAAACGAGAACACGAAAGAAAACGAAAAGGAUAAAAAUAAAAAAAAAAGAAAUACAGAUCAAUAAUACCGACGCGCGAUGUGCGAGAAAGAGAGCGAGUGAGUGCGAGAGAGAGAGAGAGAGAGAAAGAGAGAGAGCGAUGAGAAAGAAAUAACGUUCAACGUAUUUACGGAUAUAUACACACACGCGGUAUAAGAUAUUAUUAUAUAUUUAUAUCCUUCGCGCGCUCUUCUCCCACGUCUCCCCCGGUCUCCUCCGUUUCUUCUCACCCUCUCCGUCAUCCUUCUCUCCGACUUCCGCAUGCGAUAAGGGCGUAAAAAAAAAAGGGAAUGGCAAAAUAUAUAGAGAUAAUAACGGCCGGUGGGGGGUCGAGUCGUUCGCUCGACGCUGCACGCUGAUAAACACUGAUUGUUAAAAUGCAUUUACGUUUUCUUUUUCGCCUCUCGGAGUGUCUCGUCGGUGUCACGGCGUUAACUGUCGUCGUUUAAAAAAGCCCUCCUCCUCUGUCCUCCCCUCCGAUAAUCCCGUCUCAUCUUCCUCCCGCCUCCGUCUGUCCGACUCUCGACCAAUUUGUCCCGAUGAUCGUGCGCCGCAGAAAACGAUAUUAAUAUUUUUGGAUUGAUUUCUUCGUGUUGGUCAAGAAAAGCGAGCGCACACGCGCCUCUCUCUCUUUACGCCGGAGACGCGCGCGCGACGUCUCGUCACCGAUUCCGUGUACACGCGUAUGAUGAUCUCAGAGUAUAGCGUCCGUGUGUGCGGGAGACGAUCGUCGACGUUGUGGCCCGAAAGACGACAGUUGAGUAUACCACAGAAAUCAUUGUAUCGAUUCGAAACAUUAUGAUAAACUUAAUAAAAGGAUCGAAAAUAA